GUGCUUCGUUGAGAAGAGGGUCAGUCAUGAUACAGCCUCUGACGGCUGUCGAUCAAUGCUAACUGCUAUUGGUGAAGGAUUGUAUAUUCGAAGACUCAAUAUGAAAGGAGACGAACAAACAAAGAGCCUCGACGAGCUAGCUGCGUCGUAUGGAAGCACAGGCCGUAUACUGCUGCAUCAACUGCCUUCACUUUCCACCCGAAUAGGACUCUGCACAUGAUCCGUUCGCUUGAUUCUUCAAGUCUGCGUCAAAACCAUCUUCUGCUCUCCAACACGCCUCAACCUCUUCUUCCUUCCAUCCACAAACCUCUUUAAAUCCAUCAAAACCAAUCAAACAGCCAACAUGAACGAAUUCACCAUCUUUAUCAACAUGGUCAUCAACACCCUCUUCGAGGUCAUCAUCCCAUUCCUCGCCCAGCCUCUCAACGGCGAGAGAACCAACGAGAUGUCUACAUCUCUCUCUCAGAUCUUCGAUACCUCCCAGAAUCUCACCCAUAUGGGCAACAUCGUCCUCGCGUUCGUGGUCACCGCCCUGGCCACCCUCAUCCGCCCUCCCUUCAGGGCCCACGCACGCAUCUACAGACCCGCCGUCCUCCUGGUCCUCUGUAGAUUCUACUACGAGGCCGAACUCGGCUUGCUCGACCACCUCGUCAAGCCCAACCACGCUGUCAAGAACUAAAUCUUCCACUUCAUCUGUUUCGUAAACAAUGUAGUCCCAAGAUCUCUGAAGCGCUCACAUACGCGCCUGUGUGACUCAACCACCAGCCACUAUACAACAAUCACUUGUCAUCUCACGCCAGGAAAGAAGGGACG